UUUCAUUCGUACUAUCUGUUUAAAAACGUACUUCUUAGUACGUAUCAUACGGAUAAAUAUAAUGACCGAUUCUGCGCCAACCGCAUGGUAUAUAGCGUAAAUUGUGCAUUGCAUAUUUUUAAAUAUAAUGCAUUAAAUAAAUAACUAUUUUGAUUGCAAUGUAAAAUUAUCCUUCACAAAAUAGAUUAUCUGGCUAAUAACCUAAAAUGGCAGAACAGCAACAACCAACUCCUGAUUUUAAGCGUAUGUCUUUGGAUAAGAUAAUAGAAGCGAUGACUGCUGAUUUAGAAAAUUCUAAUGGUCAUUAUGUUCAGUUUGGAAUAUCACCACAACAAACUCCACCGCAUAAUUGGAAUGACUAUCCUUCUGGUCAAGCGAGACACUAUAUUGCUAAUCAAUCUUCACAUCCUACUAUCUCCACAUCUCCACAAAGUGUGCAACCAAUGAAUUCGAUUGCAACUUCUUUAUAUAUGCAAGAUAUACCAAGUUAUGAUAAUACUACUACAGAUCCCAUGUAUUUUCCACCUCAAACUGUAAACCAUUUAGGUAUUAACGAAAAUAAUGAUUUAGUGGGAACUUUUGAUGUUGGCGGAGGAAAUUACAUAAAUGUUAUUUAUGGAAAUGCAUCACAAAUAAUGGCAGAACAAUGUCAACUUUCAAAUAUGACACCUUAUAAAAAUCAAGGUGCAAUAGAUAGAGAAUAUGGGCUUUUCAAUGAGCAACGCAUGAAUAUACCAUCUGAUAUGCCCAAUCAAAAUUUUAAUGGGAAACAACUAAUUGAUAAUCUUGUCUGUAAUUGGGUUCCAAAUCAGUCAGGAACUUAUAGUCCUUUUGGUGGUUCUCCUAAUGUUACACCAGUACCACAAUCUAAUGCGGAUGUUAGAGAUCCUGAAGAUUUGCCAAGAAAUAUAUCAGAGAAUCACUAUAAAAGACCACGAAUGGUAGCAGAAGUAAAGCCUAUGCGUCCUUCUUAUUCAGACGUAUUAACUAAAUCAGCACCGACUCCACCUUCACCAUUAAUUUUACCAUCUAUGAAACCUAAAGUUGAAUCCAUGACAAAAAAAGUUACCAAUAAAAGUUCAAAAAAUAAAAUGAAAUCUACAUCGUUAAAGAGACAGAAUUCAUCAGGGAGUGAUGAUCAUAAUUCCCCAAAAUUUCAGGUUCCCAAAAAAGUAUUAGAAAAAAAUAAUUCUAAUCUUCCAAGACGAUGGGUUUCCUUAGAUAAUCUAGGUUCACAAACUGAAUCUCAUGAAAUAAGUACUUUUGACAGAUCAGAUCAGUUUGAAAAAAAGAAAAUUUUGAAAACUUCUAAGAAAAAUGACAAAAAUGAGACGCUUAAUAAUUCGAAAGUUCAAAAUAAUAACUCUAAAACAACUGGCAGUGUACCAAAACGUCCAAUACAAAUAAAUAACAAUUUAAAUACAAUCAAUAAUUCCAGUCAAACAAUUUCACCCGAAAGAAUUGAAAAGAAUCAGCAACAGAAUAAUAAAAUUAAUAAGGAUGAUAAAAAAAUGACUAAGGAAAGAAAUUCUAAACGCUUCCAAGCUGAAAAAGCACAGCAAAUUAAAAAAGGUCAAAGAAGUCGUAGAAAGGAAUGCAGAGAAUCUCCUAUUAAGGAUCUAUGUAAAAACUUAAAUAAAUAUGCAAGUCGUUGGAGUAAAAUUGUAUUAAAAAUUUUCUAUUGGUUAUUACACUUAAUAUCAGAUGUAGUUAGUAUGAGUGCCAAUCUUGUUAUUCAACUUGGUAAAUGUGCUUGGUAUCACUCUAUACUCUAUUUAAAAUACUCAUGGAUUUAUGUAGUAACAAUGUUUUCAAAAAUACGUAUUCUUAAUGCUUUGGGCAAGCAAUUAGAUCAUUGGUUUGGAAAUAGUAAAUUUGCUUUUUGGCGUAAAAUGAAGACCGAAAAUGAAGAAAAAGAAGAAAAUUCAAAUUGGAUACAUGGUGGACUUGAAGCUAAUAUUGCACUACCUAGCACUGGAGAAGAAGCUAUGAAGAGAUUAUUAGCUUGUAAAGGCAAAGAUCCUUACAGUAUACUUGGAGUUACACCAACAUGUUCCGAUGAUGAUAUUAAAAAAUAUUAUAAGCGCCAAGCAUUUUUAGUGCACCCAGAUAAAAAUAAUCAACCUGGAGCAGAAGAAGCAUUCAAAAUACUAGUUCAUGCUUUUGAUAUAAUUGGGGAACCAGAACGAAGACAAGCAUUUGAUCAAACAAGACAGGUUGAAGCUGCAUGGGGUGAAUUAAGUGACUUGUUAUCUCAAUUACAUAGAAAAAUGGAACAAGCAGCAAAUACAAUAAGGUGUACAAACUGUGGUUUGAGGCAUAAGCGAGUUCCAACUCAGCGUCCUUGCUAUGCUGCCCGGUUUUGUGCACAGUGUAAGAUACGCCACAGUGCAAAAGAAGGUGAUAUAUGGGCAGAGUCUCGUUUAAUGGGAUUUCUUUGGCAUUAUUAUGCUUGUAUGGAAGGUGCAGUGUACGAUGUCACUGAUUGGGCUGCUUGUCAAGCCGGUAAUUUAAAGCAUCUUAGAGCAAACACACAUAGCGUUCAAUAUAGGAUUGUACUAGGUCAACGUCCACCACCACAGACUUCUAAUAGUGGUAAAAAACGACAGCAAAUGGAUCCGAAUACAAGUGAAGCAGAUUUUGAAGAAUUUUUAAAUAAUCUAUAUAACCACAGCAAACCUGGUAAUCCUAAUACAUCAGCAGAGCAAAGUUCCUUUAGAGGAGAUUGCAGAAGACGAAAAACCAAACGCAAGAAGUAAGCAAAUCUAUACAAAGCUUUGAAAUCUUAUGAUAUUUACUAUAUAUGGUUAUUGAAUAACACAUAUUGGUUUGAAGUUCUUUUUUUUCCGAGUGAUUGUCAUCAUAACGACAGGUACAGAUCUUGAAAAUAUAAGUGGUCUUCAGUGACUGAUACUCUCAAUUUAAUAUUCUAAAAGUAUAUGACUCAAUCAGAAUACAUAAUACAUGCAAAAUAAGAAUUAUGAUUUGCAUUAGAAUAAUACUCUUGAAAAUAAUAAAUUUUUUAAAUGUUUAGGCGCAUCAAAACAAAAAGU